CCAACCCGUGUAGCCCCCCUUCACAACCCACACCCGACAUCGACCACUGCACGGCUGUACCACCGCCACCGGCCCGCAAACCGGACCAGCGCCACCGGAGAGCUGCGCUUCAGCCGCUGACAUGUGCAGGGAGUGACCGCGCGGCGGCCUGAGUACUGCGGGGAAAGCGAGCUCACCUGUCCGCGGCGUCGGCGGAGGAAGACAUGGAAAACAUCGAGGAGCCCUCGCCGCUCCGCAUCACCCCCACCGUCCGAGCGCUGAGCUCUGCGCUGCGGGGAAAGCGUGAGGAUGUCCCCGGCGUGCGAGUCUUCCCCGAGCCGGAGAAGCUGUGGUUCAAGGAGAGCAGCGCUAAAAACCUGCGGAACCGGGACUUCUUAUCGCCCACCACGAUGCUCAACACGCUGUACGCGGACGGACAGGUCCCUCCAGCAGUCAUGUCCAGAGUCCUGUCCCUCCGUGGCAGUGGGGUUCUGCCUGUCGCUGGUGGGGAGGUGAUGGGUGAGGGCCUGCGGGUGCGCGUGGACCGGCCCGCAGCUUUCAGGACCGUGCUUGCCGGCGGAGCUAAGGAGUACCUGAAGCCUUCGAGUCAGAGGCAGGGCUGUGUGGUGAUCAACUGCCCCGCGCUGCACCCCAAACCCACCACACCCUCUCCUGACAUGCUGAGUUUGGGGCAGCUGAGGACUGUACUGUUGGCUGACCACAUGGGGGCGCUGCUGAGAAGACAGGGAUUUGUGGUGUCCUACUGCCCCAUCCUUCCUGAAGACAGCGACAUCAUCUCCUUCCUUCGAGCCCUCGGCAUCGACUGGCCGACAGGUCCGGCAGACCGGACCAGCGAGGAGCGGGAGGAGAAGAUACAGGAGGCGCUCAAGAGCUCGCCGUACAGAGAGAAGGAAACGGAGCGAGGCCGGAGGGCCAGUGGAGGUGGAGGGAGGAAAGCCGAGGAGGGGGAGGACGGAGACCUGCUACGGAUCAAUCUGAAGCGAGUGUUCCAGGAGGAGGGGCUGCUGGGAUACGACCCCAGCCUGGGUACCUGCACAGUUCACAGAGACAGUGUUUCCCACCUGGCGCAGCUGGACCAAUCCACAGCUGAGUGCACAGUCGCCAUGGUAACGGCGUUACAUGUGACUUCCUGUCAGGAUGAGUUUCGCCAGCAGCAGAUCGCGAUGCUGUGGAGAGCCAGCGGAGCGACACACACACAGAGGCAUCUCGUGUGUGGUCCGGUGAAGACUCCCGGCUCGCAGCUCACCGCUGCUCAGUACCUGCAGCUGAGAAGAGGUCAGAUGAAGGAAGCCUCAGAGAUGAAGUAUGGAGAUCAAGUAGAAGGUCAGACGUGGGAGGACAUCAUCAAGGUCAUGACCUCUGCCACGGUUCGAUUUGAGCUGCUGUCUACGGUACACACAAGCCCUGUGACGCUGGACGUCCAGAGAGAGGGAGGCAUUUCCACUAAAGGGCCCAGAGGAGGCGUGUUUGUCAUGUAUAACUGUGCGAGGCUGCACACUCUGUUCGACAGCUACCAGAGAGGGGUGGAGAAGGGUCUGUACCCAGAAAUCCCCGAAGGCUCCCAGCUGGACUUCUCUGCCCUGAAAGAAGAGGGCGAGUGGCUCCUGCUGUUCAAUUACCUCAUCCCGUUCGCCGAGCUGCUGGACCAAUCAGGACAGGCGCUGGACUGCGAGGGGGGAGGAGCCAGAGUGAACAUUAAAACUGAACAGAUCUGUAAAUUCCUGGUGUCUCUCAGUAAAGACUUCAGUUCGUACUACAACAGAGUCCACGUCCUGGGGGAGCCGCUGCCGCAUCUCUUCAACCAGAUGUUCUGUCGCCUGUAUUUGCUGCGAGCCUUGAGAGAGCUUUAUCACAGCGCUCUGGACUCCCUCAACCUUCCCCCCAUCAGACAGCUAUAGCCUCAACACACACACACACACACACACACACACACACACACACACACACGCGCAGUGAUGUGUUAACUGAGUUUCACCCGUUUCGCCAGUGUUACAGCGUUGCAGAGUUCACGUCGUCUCCUCCCUGCUCCCUCGUCGGCGUAGCUGAACGAAUCAUAGCUGUUUGAAUAUUUGUGAAAUGUCGCCCAUCGAUGAUGUUGUGUGAUCACUGUAACCUCCCGAAGGCCGCAGCAUGUCCGCUUUGAUCCGGGCAGGGAGUUUCCCGGAACAUUUGAGCUUUUUCUCGUUGUUGUUGUCGUUCAGGGAGGAUUUGGACCUCUUGGGAAAGAGGCUGGUUAACUCUCUCGUCACUUGCCAAAUAAGAACAUCAAUGCCACCCAGUUCUGAGUUAAUAAGAAGUGGAUUUCUGAUUUUUUUUUUUCUUUUCUUUUUUUUUAACAAGCAGGUUUGAUUCUGUUGGACACAGACUCUGUUAAGCUGAACUUGUCAGCACGCAGCAUUGGGAUUCUGUAAUUUGACACCAGCUUCAUCACCAUGCUGGACGCUGCUGUAUUUAAAGCUGCUUUGAAGCAGGAUCUGGAGCGUUUUCUGUAUUUGACACAUUUAUCCAGCUGAAGUUUCACCAUUCAGGAAGACAAGUCAGUCUGACCUUCAAAUUACCACAAAACAUGCCUUUUCUGUGAAUUACACCAGAUUUUAGAAUUAUAAAUCGAAGGUGGGAUGCCUUUUUCUGGUGAGGAACUACUUUAUUUAUGCAUUUCUGCCAAUUUUACUUGAACUGAAUGCCAAAUUACCCAGACUGGAGCUCCCCCCUUUAACUGCCUUGCCUUAUUUCAGUAUCUCUUCAGCUUUGUCCCAACAGUCUCUAUUUAAAGUAUCUGUGAGCGGAGUUCACUGCCGAGAGAAAGAAAACAGCUUUCCUCCAUUGUUGAAUAUCCCAUUUUAUGUAUGUUAAUAAACAAUAAUAAAAUAACAAAACCUGCUCCUUGCACAAGAUGUCUUACAAACUUCUAACUAUUCACUGCAUGCAAUGUUGUUCGACUCCUGUUAAUGCCUGGAUUAUUUUUUGUUGUUGUUGUUGUUUUAUACUUCGUUUGCUCCAAACUGGAAAAAAAGGGAAGGAGACGUUUACACUAUUCGCAGUACCUGUUGUGUUCACUGCCCUCUGAAACGACCACAGUAUUAAAGCAGGGGAGAUGCAGAAAACGGCGAGUGUGUUUUCUCUGUUGCAACACUUGAUAUAAAAGUUGCAGAACGUCGGCUCCUUUCACUGCUCAGUUUAAAAGGUGUUAUGGUUGAGUGUUUGCAUGUAAAGAAACAGGAUUAAACCAAAAUCUGCAUGUCAGAUUGAAUAUGUCUACAUUUAUACUUGUAAUUUUAGAUAUUACAGCUCUGAUAAUGAUUCUUUUCCUGCAGAAUCAGAAAGAUCAUUAUUGCCAGGUGUAUUCAGCAAACAAUGUAAAG